AUGUCCGAAGGAAUUCAAAUUACAAUUCCCGAUUUUGACGAUGAGGACUAUGGCUCUUCUACAAUACCGUUUGGACGCUCCGCUGGCAAUGCAUUUGGAGCAAACUCUUCCGGGUUCGGUAGUGCAGGAGGUUUUGGAGGAACCAGCUCUGCGCCAGAUUCGCCUACUUCAAUAACACCAUUAGCUUCUGCGUUAGAUGGAACUGAAAGAAGCUUUUUCAGCUCUCACAACAGAGGCGAUUCCAUCACCUCUAUUGAGUCGGCUGGUUCUGGCUCUACACGUUUCCCCAAUUACCCCCGGUCAGCUACCUCUUUCAGCACCUUUACUCACUCUGCUCAGCCAUCGGUAAUAGCGUCCAGUGCAGGCUUCAAUAAAAAAUCCUCCUUUGCCUCCUUUCGUAAUGCCUUCAAAAGCGGGAAGUCCAACGAACUUCCGCCAGUUCCUCAGCUCGAUAAUUACGUGUUCAAGAACCCUUUCAACAGAUCCACGUCGUCUUUGAACAGCUCUUCUAUUGGAGUCACUGCAAAAGGGACUAUCACCACUAGUACGCCUUUUGGUCGACCACCUACUCCUGGUUCCGUCGAUACGAGAUACGGUCGCGCCAAAAAGAGUCAUGCUCAAGCUAAAUCGUUUCAUUCCCAGUCCGGUUCCAUCUUCCACGCAUCUGAUGGUGGUAGUGAAGGCCAUGGUAUAUCCUCGUCCCCUCCUCCUGUACCUCGCGUGCCGUAUAUCCGCAGUGAAACUCCGGACUUUGAAGACGAUAAGGUCGUCAUGGACCCCAAAACACCAUCGGAUUAUGCAUUGCACGCUGUCUUUAUACGGUUCGCCUCUUCUGCCGAAUCCAAGAUUGACGCAUUUUUGCGGCAACCACUUGAACAAGAUCCGCUUCUUCCUGAGCUUAUAGGGCCUGACGUCGACCCCAAAUUGGACGAGACACUUCUUUCGCUCGGGCAAAUAGCGCAAAAGCAUACAAAGCCGGUCAUUGACUCUAUUCUUCGGUGGAGGCGAAGUCAAGUGGAAAACGUAGGCUCAGACGUGAUUCGGUACCAUAUGUCACAUUCGCCAACGGGAACAGCACGCGUUAUACGAACGCACGACGUACCCGCGCUCUUGAAUGAACGCAAAAAUCUCGCUGCUAUCUACAUCAUGUGUCGCGCACUCAUCGCAGUGGUAAAGACACUUUCAAAAGACGCAAUCGGCGAGAAUUUAGGAUACUCGCUAGAGAAACUGACCUUCGAUCAGUUUCAAAAGCCUGAGUUGAAACUCCUUAUGCAGAGCACAAAUCAUCGGACAAAUGCAGAGCUCUCUGCUGCAUUGUUAGGACAUCUGGCUAAUAUCAGGUUUGUCAGUGUAACAGAUCGUUUCCUGGCGGAACUUGCUCCAGUUACUCGAGGGCAGGUACCUAAGGACCUUGACAUGAAAUAUGAGAACCUUAUAAAUAGUAUCAGACACAUCCAAAUCAAGGUUUGGCCUUCGGAAGCUUUUGAAGAGGGAGCAGAGUUCAUGGAGUCGUUAUCCAAAGCUUUCAUGCAGGCACAUGGAUUUCGACUCAAGACCGCUUUCGCUGAAACGUUGAUCCACCUUUUGCACCCUAUAGGAAAGACUGCUCAAGCUGAAACCAAUUUUCCAUUAUGGGGCAAGGCUAUUGAACUUAUUUAUCCUAAAGCUCGUGAUAUGGCAGCCAAACCACGGUAUUGGAACGUCGCCUUUCCGUUAAUGAUAACCAGCCUCUGUGUCGCUCCGCAAGACUUCUACCGAAAACAUUGGGUCGCCUGCUUUGAGGCUUCAAUCCCCAAAUUGAAGGAAAAAUCUCUGCGUAUACCGGUUCUCAAUGGGAUGAUGCGCCUCAUUUGGACUUAUCUUUAUCGUUGCCAAGAAUCCCCCUCGACUACCACGACCAAAUUGGAAAACCUCUUGAAGCACUUUUUUCCACCGAAUCGGACCACCGUCUAUCCAAACGAAGAUCAUCUCGAGCCCUUUAUCUAUAUCGUUCAUUUCGUUCUUUCGCGGCAUUUUGAAUUUGGAAGAGACUUAUGUUUGGAGCUUAUACAAGAAUCGUCCAUCAAUUUGGCUUAUCAGACUAAAGGAGGGAGUAUUGCUCAUACCUUCGCAUCCGAACGGACAUCGAUUGCCACUCAAGCUAUUCUAAUGUCAUUGCAUGGCAUGGAAAGGGACUCUUCAACACCCAGUUGGCCGACCACUGUUGACUUUUUUGAACCUUCUUGCUGGUCCGACUAUCCUACUUCGUCCGAUAUCCUCCCCGCGUCCAUCUUAUUGCGUCCUGGAAUGCAAGACUUUUUUGAUAGAUAUGGUUCCGCGCUUGCCAAUAUUGCUAGUGCGUGUGGGAACGGUGUUGGUCGAAUGUCGAUGUUCGACGAACAAUGGUCCUGGGCACGUUUGAACCCUUCUUACGAAGAGUCGCACAAUUAUAUUAGGCGAAAACGCCUCGAGGUUGGAAACGUAGGGUAUCCGACGAAUUUGAUUUCCCAGAUCAACCUCUUGCAGACUUGCUUCAUGUCAUGGCCGAGGUGUCUCCAUCCUUCCUUGCCUGUAACCGAAGCCGUUGACAUGCUUUUGCGAGGCGUAGUCCAUGUGGAACCAUCAGUUGGGGAUGUUGCAUGUGAAGCACUCCGACGCUUUUUAUCGGACCCUUCCCAUUCUCUGUCAGUCGUCGCGCAGUUUACGCAAUUCCUCUUCAAUCCGUCAAGACUAUCACAAGAAGGUUCUGGAACGCGAAUGCUGUUUGAAUCACAGCAACUCCUUGACCUCUGGCUGAAUGCUGUAGAAAGUUGGAUUGGAAGAUUGACGCAUCAUUCCCCUCAUGAGCUAGCACAGGAAGAAGACAUAAUCACACCUCGCUGUCUUGAGAUCGAGGCUGGUGCAAUGUUCCUUUUGUCACAUGUAAAGCUGCGCAUCCGUCUCGCAGGUGUAAAGGUGGUUAGGAUACUAGGAAGUCUGAUGUAUCACUUGUCUCCGGAGCCUUCCGGUCCGACAGAAUCUGCACCCUCUUCAUCUUUCGUGGCUUUACUGCAUGGUAGGGGAGGACACACCCCACUGCUAGAUGGGUUUGACGAGUUCCUUGAUAAAGCCGAACUUUCUAGAUUACAGUAUUGGCAAAAGUCCAAGGAACCUCAAGUGGAACUACUGAUAGCAGAGAGCGAAGACGAGAGGGACCCUAAGAUCUGGCAUCAUGUUUUUCCGAAAUUUGUACAGGCUUGCAUGCAUAUAAAUGCUCAAAACCUAGUCAUGUUCAGAGACGUCUUGGUUGCUGCUGGAACGCGGUAUCAUGCAACUAUGACCCAAUUGGCCGGUCUCAGUUCGAAGUUGUCCGGUAGUCGCUCGCCGAUGGGAUAUGACGGACCACGACUAGUGGAAGAAAAUAUGCAAUUGAUAGAGCAAUGGCACAUCUGGGUGAAGAUUCUAUGCGCCACCGCGAUUUCUCCGGAAGUUGCGCGACCAGUUUUGACGCAGCUUGCCCGCGAGCACUCUCGUGUACCGUCAGACACAAGCUUUGAACGUGAACGACUAAAUACAAGUCGUGGGCUUUUCCGGUAUCUCACUCCCUUCCUCGACUCUGAAUACACUCCUUUCUGUGAUGCGGCUGUUCUCUGUAUUAGCUCUUUCCCUCCUGAGGCUUAUCCUCAAUUACUCGAGGACUUGAGUCUAUUAGCAGGACGCCAAUUCUAUGACGACCCCAGAUUUAAAAUGGGUCUUUCUUUGUCCACCUCUCCCGACGGACUGUUGUCUACGCGCCAACCCCAUGAUGAUACUCGCUCGAAAGUCAAUGCGAUAUCAUUUGAGCGUAUCCGGCGACAAGAACGCCUUCAUUCUGCGGUUGCAAAGAUUUAUUAUAUCACUGCUCAUUUCCUCCAAUAUCAACGAUCUGCAGGAAGACAAGCCGCUCUCGCUAACGUUCUGAAAUUCGUUCGUAACACACAAACUUUUCUUACAUCACCAGAGAUGCGCGAGAAUUUUACGUUACAGCGCCUCCGACGCUACUUUUGUGGAAUAGUCGAACGUCUUUUCGAAGGACUAGCGACACUCGAAGGCGCUGAUCGUUUCAUUCCGGCAAACAUGCAUCUCACAUUGUAUCGUCUAUGUGAGGAAUGGUGUCAUUUUGGACCUCAACCAGAAUACGUAAAGCAACGUCUUUUAUUCAUGAAGAAGGCUGCGGCUUCAAGUGUAUCCGCUGAUGGUGCAACAUCUGCUGUAGAGCAAUUUCAAGAGGAAACGCUGAUGCUGUCUUAUGCUUCUGUAGGGGCAUUAUCUAUAUUAUGUCAGAAGGCCUUUUGUCCACCCGGUGUGUCAUCGGGAUCCCCGUCCGUCCGUCAUAGUCCAGAUUAUCUCAAGCCAUUGACUCCGAGCAACGUCCUAGAGCGUUUAAGCGCUAUCCUUACGUCGUCUCACCUGCCCACGCAAGAACGAGGAAAAAAAGCCUUGAAGUCUCUACUGGCCUCGAAUAAUGCCGAUAAGUCACUGUUGGACGAAGCAAUGAAGCGAGCCGUCGUCACUACCGAUCAAUCUGAUACCAACAACGGUCGAUUCUUCGAAGUCAUUUCUCAAGCAAUCGCUUCUUCCGGAAACCAUGGUUUCACUUUUGCUCAAGCUGUAUGUCUUGCCCUGUCAAAUCUGUGCCACCCUCUCUCGGAGCCCAGACGAGAAGCCUUCAAUUUGUUGGAAGCUAUUCAUUAUCAGGCUUCGGGAAUAUUGACCAUGUCCCAGUUUGAGGCGACCGUGAGCAGCUCAGCUUCAGGCGCCUAUAUUCAUUCCCAUCGACUCAUGUCGGAAUUCCUUGCUGGCGAACACCCCGAUCAUGCAAUAACUGUGCUUGCUCAAGUGGCUACAUGGUUGCCCGCGUUUCCCACCACCUCCGCUUUCAGUAUGGUCACUUUGUUGUUAUUACAAAGUCUGGAAUUUUGGAUACCUCACAUACAACUCAUGAAAGAUGAUAACCGUUCACUAUCUCAGGAAGCUUAUACUGCGCUUUACCAUCUCAUGGCUUUGACCUUGCGUUAUGGACAAAGUCAUCCAGAGCAAAUAUUGAUGCUAUGGACACGACUUGUUGAACCUCCCAAUCAAUCCAACGGCCAUGCUACGAUGCGCUUUUUACUAGAACAAUCGCAUAAAGUUGGCAGUACGGUCUUCAUAGAUAGUGCCUCUAAUAUUGUGGCCUGUAUAUGUCAAGGUCCUUCGGGUCGCCAAAUCUUCGAGGAGCUAUGUUCUUUGAUAGAGCCUGUACGGAUGCUACCGACCCUUGAACACAAGCUUGCCUUUCCAGAUGCGGUAGAUAUGGAGUUAUGGUCCGACCUUGAUGCUUUAUUCGUGGAUGGGCGUCCGCGUCUAUCUCUGGGCGCCGCUCAAUUUGCUUGGUUGUUUCUGGCAGACGUCGCAUUACCUCGCUAUUGGGAAUUAAGAGAACAAUUGCCUUCUUUACUUCACGCACUUUUCACGCACAUUGACAAUCGGACUUCCUUUGUACGACUUCGGGCUCGUUAUAUGCUUUUCCAGUUGUUGCGAGCUUGGGCCCCUGGGUACGAUGAAAUUCCGGAACACGCGAACUUCCGUAGUCGGGCCAUGCUGAGGAAUGAGCUAUUGGAAAUGGAGACAGAAGCUGAAAAGAUGUAUUGGUCAGAAGAAGAGAAUACUUCCGAAUCCGAACCUAAAAUGCAUUCGUUCUGCUCUCGCGUCAUUCAGUUCCUUGAACCGUUAUGUCCCUCUCUAAGAGAGAAAUGGGGAACCGUAGCUCUGGAAUGGAGUACUUCCUGUUCCAUCAGGUCUGUGGCAUUCCGCUCACUGCAAAUAUUCCGCGCUCUCCUACCUCGUUUGAAGACUCAGCAGCUCGCUUUGAUUAUUGGACGGCUAUCGAAUACUAUCUCAGCCUCAGACGACGCCGUCAAGCUCUUUACCACUGAAUUAAUUUUGACAGUGCACGCCAUCGUGUCAUCCAACAACUUCGAUAUGUCACUACUACCUCAAAUCUUCUGGUGUACCUGUGCAACUCUGACCACCACUGUAGAACAAGAGUUUGCUGAAGCUUUGAAGCUGUUAGAAAGCUUACUUAAAAUUGUAGACUUCGACGACCCAUUCAUUAUAGAGCAAUUACUUGCUCGUCGACCUCUAGAAUGGACUGGAUCCGCUUCUCUCCAGCCCAACCUUCUCAAUGGCCUUCGUUCCUCGGUCACAACCGCUCGGACUUUGAGAAUCCUGCAGUCUCUAUCGGAGUUCAAAGAUGCAAAGAUAAUCGAUUCAUCCAAUGGCCGCGUCCGUGACCUGUACACACUUUCUUUACCAUGGUGUCUGCACUCCAUGAUAGCCGAGAAAACUGGAGGCGACAAAUCCACAGAUGACGCGCUACGUCGAUUCGCUGAAAAUAUUGGUGAUCUAGCUAAACAAGAAGGUCGUGUCAGUAUACACAAAAUCAUGACUUCCUUCGCCAAAGGACACUUCAGGACGAAGGAUGACUUUCUUCGGCAGUCGGUUGCCAGUCUUAGGGAGCAUUACGGCGUCGAACAUUGGACUGAGAUCGUGACACUGCUGAUGGGACUCGUUCUCAAUCGGGAACGCUGGCUGCGCAUCCAAUCAAUGCAGAUCCUCAAAGUAUUAUUUCAGCAACGAGAGACCCGGAAUCCAGUAGAACUGCUGGGCUCUGAGUUACUUAUGCCGUUGUUGCGACUAUUAGAGACUGAUCUCGCGUCCCAGGCUCUGGAUGUUCUGGAGGAACCCAUGGCUAUGUCUGGUGGUUUGGCAGCUAAACAUGUGCUUCGUAUGAGCAUGCACAGCCGGACCCUCCCGAAUUCUCAGGAGGUCGAUUCAGUCGCCACUGUCUUUGGUGUACCCGAGGAGUCGGGUUGGUCUGUUGUGAAGGCAGACGAACUUCGAGAUGCCUGCCGCUCCAACUUGAUGGAAGUUUUUGAUACCUGUUCGAUGCCUACCCGGCCCUCACGAAUCGAAUUUGAACCAGAGGAAAUCGAAGUCCUUGCUGAACCGUCUCGUGUAGAAGACCUUGGUGGUCUGGUGCAGAACCUUCACGACCUCACAACAUUCUUCCAGGACGAUAUCAAACCGACAUCUAUGAAUGGCGCAGUUCCCAACAGAAGAUUGGAAGCUCGAGUAGCCGCGAUUCUUGCGAAGUCGACCGCGCAUGAGGAGACGGUGAUGGAUAUUCCUUCCACACCAUUUGUGGAUGUCUUUCGUGUGGCGGGUAUGUCAUCUGAUGAAGACUCGGACCAAAGUUCAGUCAAUAGUGACGAGGAACUUGACGCUUUUUAUUUUGAUUCGCCCACUGUAUAUCGUUCUGCGCCUAAUGGUUCUCACUUUCCUUGA